UGUCAUUUUAAGGGUCAAAUCAGCUAGGAAUCUCUCCUGAAGGUGCCACCUGACCUGCACCGUUUCACUUCCAUAUUCUUGUAAAUAUUCCUAGGAUAUUCCAAAUAUUAGUAGUUGAAAUCACAGGGCCAAAUUGGCGCCGUUUCAGCAGAUCACCACAGUGUGUUUGUGUCCGAUAGAGACGUGAUUACCCGUAGAGGGGCGCGAGGGGCGCGAGGGGAGUGUUUGUGCAGCCAGAGGGUUUAUCAGCUCCAAACACUCGCAGGAUUUCCGGUCUGGGAUUGUCCGUCCAAUUCCUGAGUUCCACAGGAAGCGCGGAAUAAAAAGCAGGAGAAAAACGCCCAAAAGCAUCUCAUUCCUCGCCAGUCGGAUCACGGGGAGCAUCGAGAUUUUGACCGCACGGUGCUCGUUAUCAGAGAGAAGAAGAGUUUAGAAGAAAUGGUGGCGAUGGAGGAGCGCGCGACAGGUGGAUCGAAUGGCCUCGAGCGCAGCGCGACAUCACGUGAUUGUAUGAACCGGGUGAGUGUGUAAACGUGUGUUUAUAUCGGCAUGGGGAUUUUCUUUGAUUACACUUUCGGUAAGCCUUUGAACAUUACAUAUGGAGCAGUUCAUAUAAAAUUCAAUAUGAAUGAUAAAUGAAAUUAAAGUUUCAUAACUAUUUAAACGGACGAUGUAAAAAAAUUUUUUUUUUUUGGAAACACUUAAUGAAAACAAAACUUCAAUAUAUGAAGUUUAAAAACGUGCAAUAAUUGUUAAAAAUAGUUUAUACAAUUUUAGAAGAUGUGAUUUUUGGGAAGCUUUUGAAAUCAAAUUUUCAAUACUUUAUGAGUUAUAAAAUUAAAUCGUUUUCAUUAUACACAAACACACAAAUAUAUCAACUUUUUUCAUGAUCGUGAAGACAUGCGCAUGCAUUUUAGGCAUUUCAUAUUUGUCUACAAACCUAAUUUCAAGCAUUUGACUAUUCAUAAAUUCAGUCAGGUACGUUAUCGUAUUCCUUUAUUGAUUUAUUAACAGCAAAUAAUAUUUGUAUAUGGAAGUGGCGUGUUUUUUUUUUUUUUUUUUACAGAACUACUGUAAGUUGGCCAAAAAGGAUUAAAGCAUUAAAGCUUAAUUCCCGGUCUCUUUUAUUUUCUCUCUUUAUUUCUCGGUGUGUGACCCGGUAAACUGAGCUGCUGCGGGUGACGUCACGCGGCGCGAGGGUCUCCGGUGAGCUCUUGCAUGAGUGUUUCUCCUGGGACGUCCCAGUGAAGGAGGGGCAGUAGUGGUGUGGUUACCCCCCUGCACGCUUUGACAGUUGAGAGAACCGAGUGUGCAAAAACUCCUAAACACGGAGAGCCGAGCCACGGGAGACGCGCGCAGGAAUUGCCAGUGCGAGUUUGGGCACACGUGUGUUUUUGAACUAUUUAUAAGAUUAUUCCAGCCCUGGCCUCUGAGUUUGGUGGGAAACUUAGUUUUUGGGACGCGCCGGGGGACCAGUCUCUUUCUUUCCCUUCUAACAUCCACGCACGAGCGGUUACUCUCGUGGAUACGAGUGAUUCAGUAGCUGAUAGAGUUGGAUGAACCUGAGGUGGACACACUCACCUGAGCGAGCGACAGAUAGAUAGACCGAGAGAGAGAUGUACACAGCGGUGCUGCUGUCCUCCUCUCUGUUUCUCCUGCAUGUGACCUGCACGCCUCAGAUUCACGGUCACCACGGGAGGAGAGUGUGUGUUGGAGAUGCCUGGAGUCGUCGUGUGUCUUACAGCACAGAGUCAUUUCUUCAGCCCGUACACAAACCCUACAUCACCAUGUGCCAAAACCACCGCAUGUGUAGCACAUACAAGACAAUCUACAGGGUUUCUUACAGGCAGGUGAGCAGAGUAGCUCCUAAUGUACACAUUUACCCAGAAUGCUGUCCGGGAUGGCGACGCAUGCAUUCACACAACUGUAACCAAGCGGUGUGUAAGCAGUCUUGUGCAAACGGAGGCUCUUGUGUAAGGCCUAAUCACUGUGCAUGUCUAAAAGGAUGGACGGGGCCAUACUGUCAAACAGAUGUGGAUGAGUGUAAGGAAGGUCAUCGCUGCUCACAGAAGUGUGUGAAUACGGUGGGGAGUUAUCGGUGUGUGUGUCAGGACGGAUUCAGUCUGGCUGAAGAUGAAAUAACGUGUUCAAGAAUUCCUGCUCCCUCCCCGCCGCCCACCGGGCCUCCAAAAGCAGACGAUCGCUCAUCCAGAAGCCAUGCUGGUGGAGGUUUGGGAUUGGUGGAAAAUGUUACCGAAGAAGUUCAGAUCCUUAAAAACAGAGUGGAGCUCCUCGAGCAGAAACUAGAGAUGGUUCUGGCUCCUUUCACUACGCUCUUCCCCUUGGAUGGUGUGGGAGACACUAACAGCUUCCUGCCUGAGAGGACCAACUUCCUGUCACAUUCUCUGCAGCAACUAGACCGCAUCGACUCGCUCAGUGAGCAGGUCGGAUUCCUGGAGGAGCGUAUUGGAGCCUGUGCCUGCCAGGAGAACUAGACUGUCAAAGAUGGGCUGGAUCCUCUGACACAAGUGAAACCGAUAUCUGCGAAGUCUAAAUGAACAACCGCAACACUGAUCAAAGGCCUGAAUCCUGUAAACAUGUUCAGUUCACUCAAAAAGCAUGUAGGGAAACAAAAUGUCAAACACACAAAC